AUGUAUGUUUCCAGCGGUGCUAUGAUUCUUGUUCAGUUCCCAAUCAUUUUAACAUUCAUAACGCCAGAAGUCUUUAGCUACUCUAAGGAAUUCAUAGGAUCAGUUAAAAAAGUUUCUGGAGAUGCUAACAUACAGAAAAUUCAGGAAAAUCUAGAUGUCCAUACUAUAUACGAUAAGCACAGCCUGAAUUUGAAGGAUAAAACAAAAGAAAAUAGUAAUAGAGAAACGAGUGGAGAUAGUUCUUCAGCCAUUCCCGUAGAAAGAAUCAAAAUGACGACUGCAUCAGUUGAAGACGAAGUCAAAACAGAAGAUCUGAGCAUAGAAGAUAGGCUGUAUAACCAGACAGAUACUCUGGACAUAGGGAUUAUAGAACAAAGUCAAUAUGAUAUAAGAACAAAAACGUUACCAAAUGAAACGUCUGGUAUGGAUGAUACAAUCUUCUACUCAAACGAUAUUUUUUCCUCUGAAGAAGGAUCUGGAAUGAUAGAAUCAAAUAAACACGAAAUACAUCCUCCUGCUCCUCCAACAUCAGUUGAACUUCGAUCAGCUACAAUACUGCCGUACUCUUCCGAAUCAAUCGAAACCAUUGAAGGUUCUGGGUUAUUGAAUAGUGAAGAUCACAGCACUAUGACGAACGAUUAUUCGCAAAUGAGCAAAUCAUCACUAGAAAAAAAUCUGUCUUCGAAUUCAUUAGAUCGUUAUGUGCUUAGUCCGUUCGAAAAAACUGUCAUGCCCAAACAGAACGAUGCCAUAAGAGCAACAACAAUGUCAAUAAAUAGCUUGACGACAUCAGUGAAGUCUAUUAAAACGCUAGAAAGCAUAUCAUCUGCCAAAGAAAGGAAAAUAUAUAAUGGAAAGUUAUCAGCACGGAAACGUUGGCAUCCAUUCGUGUUUGACUGCAUGAAAGAGGAAGAUAAUCGAGGAAUGCUCUGCAAAGAAUGGGCCUUAGCAGGGUUCUGCAGUGAUAACCGACCGACUAUGUUCUUAUUCUGUCGAAAGACCUGCUUAUGCACUGGGCCGGAGCUGGAAAUUUUUUAA